AUGCUGUGGGGCGUCUCGCAACGCGUUCCCGUGCUGUGUUCAACAACCCUAUUUGAGAAGAAACACAGAGCUCUGCCGAAGUAUGGAGACAGCAAUAUAACAGUAGAAAUCCGUUCAAUAAAGGAAAACUCAAAAGUUAAUCUUUCAGGAGGUGAUUUUUUCGGAGCAUUUUGGGCAUGGCACGAUUUAACAAGCUUCCUUAUCGCCUUGACAGUGUUUACCACGUUCUGGUCCAUGGUAACUGCACUAAUGCUGCGGUUUCAAUGGUAUGUGGAAACACUCGGAAUGGUUUCGUUGUUGGUCGAAGCCAGUUUAGGAGCACCACAAUUAAUUCGGAAUUGUCAACGGAAAUCCACGCAAGGAAUGAGCACCUACGCAGUUUGUCACUUCUCUUUUGAGUUCCCGCAAAGUCCCGCUCCCCCGCAUAUUGUACUUGGUUUAGUGUGUACGAUGGUAUUAGCGUGGCUUUGUGGAGAUCUUGCUAAGACGGGAUAUUUUGUGGCCACCGGUAGUCCCAUACAAUUCUGGGUGUGCGCUAUAUUACAGAUCUCAAUCGAUGUGUUCAUACUUGGUCAAGUGUUUGUGUAUCGGAAGAACACGGAAACUGAACUGCCGUAUAGUUCGAAUUCUCCGGCACAUUCGGUCAUCGAUUAG